AUGUCCUCCACCAAUUACAAAGAAGCCUUUUCGCUCUUCGACAAGCGCGGCACCGGCAAAGUCGCCCUCGAGUCGCUUGGCGAUCUGCUCCGCGCCUGUGGCCAGAACCCGACCUUGGCGGAGAUUUCCGAGUUGGAGAAGAGUAUUGGUGGUGACUUCGACUUCGAUGCGUUCUCGAAAGUGCUGAGUCGCCCCGGUGGUUUCCGCGACCCUGGCGAGCCCGAGGAAUACUGCCGCGGUUUCCAGGUGUUUGACAAGGAUUUGACCGGGUUUAUUGGUGUGGGACAGCUUCGUUACAUCCUCACAAACCUCGGAGAGAAAAUGUCGGAUGAAGAGGUCGAUGAGCUGCUCAAGGCGGUUGAUACUAGUUCGGGAGAGAUCAACUAUACCGACCUCGUUCGCACUAUCCUGGCCAACUGA